AUGAACAUCUCACCAAGGAGGCGGAAACUUAUCAAACUGGCCGUCUUAUGCACCUUUAUAUUAUGGCUUUUAGGCGUUCUUUCCGGUUUUAUCGCCAUGUUUUUCCCACAAAGUGACAAAACUGGUACUGCCUUGAUCGGUUUCACUGACGAUAAAAAUUCCUCUAUUAUUACUCUCAACUAUGAAACAAACUUCGUAACUAAUGGUUCAUCUGAGAUUACUGAUCUCUCAGGACUUGCUGAUCAAAUUUCGAAAAAGUACAGCGUGUCCCGGAAUAUGGUACGAGUACUUUCAGCUCGAUUUGUUCAAUCUCUCAUUUUAACCACAAGAACACCACAAAGCGCACCGACCACUACCACCGCAACCCCACAGUUAAAAACGGUAUUGGCGAUUGAAACGGAAUUUACCUAUCCAAGUUCAUCGGUUACCUUCGCGGUAUCACUUAGCAGCGGUAUCAGCCUCAAUCUUGGCGUCACUUUUUCUUCAUUCAACGUCACCGAACCGACUACUACUACAACCACCACCACCACCACUACCAUUACCACAACAGAAACCACCACAGCAACCACCAGUACGACUACCGAAACCACCACUACCACUACAGCAACCACCACUACUACUACAGAAACCACUACUACGACUACGGAAACCACUACUACCACUACGGAAACCACUACUACCACCACAGCAACCACCACUACUACUACAGAAACCACUACUACGACUACGGAAACCACUACCACCACUACAGGAACCACCACUACUACUACGGAAACCACUACUACGACUACGGAAACCACUACUACCACUACAGCAACCACCACUACUACUACAGAAACCACUACUACCACCACAGCAACCACUAGUACGACUACAGAUACCACUACUACCACUACAGAAACAACCUCAACGUCUACAUCAACUACAACAACGACAGAAACUACUACCACGACUACAGAAACAACCUCAACGUCUACAUCAACUACAUCAACGACAGACACCACUACCACAACUACAGAAACAACAACAGAAACUACUACUACCACUACGGAAACAACAACAACAGAUACUACUACUACGACUACAGAGACAACCUCAACGUCUACAUCGACUACAACAACUACAGAAACAACAACGACAGAAACUACUACUACCACCACGGAAACAACCUCAACGUCUACAUCAACUACAACAACGACAGACACUACUACCACGACUACAGAGACAACCUCAACGUCUACAUCAACUACAACAACGACAGACACUACUACCACGACUACAGAGACAACCUCAACGUCUACAUCAACUACGACAACGACAGAAACUACUACCACGACUACAGAGACAACCUCAACGUCUACAUCAACUACAACAACGACAGACACUACUACCACGACUACAGAGACGACCUCAACGUCUACAUCAACUACAACAACGACAGAUACUACUACUACCACCACGGAAACAACAUCAACGUCUACAUCGACUACAACAACGACAGAUACUACUACCACGACUACGGAAACAACCUCAACGUCUACAUCAACUACAACAACGACAGAUACCACUACCACUACGGAAACAACCUCAACGUCUACAUCAACUACAACAACGACAGAAACUACUACUACCACUACAGAAACAACCUCAACGAGUGCCACAACUACAACACCGCCGAUAGGUCAAAUCCCGAUUGCCGCUGUCAAUGGAACACUGGGAGCUGUUUACAAUACAUUUGUAGGUGGUGAUAGUACGGCAUCAACAAGCGGCUUCGGUAUUGGUCAGUACCCACCGGGUCAAUCACCAGACGCGGCGUGGGAUAAUGAUGCGUCAACUGUGUAUAUAAAUUUUGGAUCAUGUACAGACUCUGAUAAUAAUAAUCAGUGUGGUUUGAACACUGGCUUCUAUCUUGAAUUACAACGUGGUCCAACUGUAGUGACGGCGUUUCAAUUGUACACAGGCAGUGAUCAUUCUGAACGUGAUCCGCUAAUCGUGUCGUUAGAAGGAAGUAAUCAAUCAGGAUCAAAUCUGACACUUGGUAGCAGUUGGACUCUUAUUUAUAAUGGCAAUAGCGGAUUACAAAACUAUCCGGGUCCUAAUAGCGGCGGCUCGAUACAGCAAAUAAACAACACGAUUUCAUAUAAGAGCUAUCGAUUUCUUGUGUCUGCAAAACGAUCAACGUCAAACAGUGUUCUGUAUUCUGAACUGAAAUUGUAUGGAUACUAA